AUGUUGAUUUCAUCACCCAACUUCGUAUCUGGAGCUGCUGCGCUGUUUCUCUUUACUCAUCUUAUCAUCCGUCUUUGUUCAGCCACAGCAAAGGUUCCUGGCUCGUUCAUAUCCAACUUCACUUCGCUCGUACUGAAAUGGCACGAACUCAAUGCCAACCGUACUGUGUAUAUUCAUGAACUACACAAGCGAUAUGGGCCGGUAGUCCGCGUUGCGCCCAACGAAGUCUCCUUCACUUCCAUCGACGCCCUCAAAGAGAUUUAUGGCUCUGGAGGCAGUGGCUAUGAUAAGACAGAAUUCUACGAUCUUUUUCAGGUCUACGGCAAACGAACAAUGUUUUCAACCUUGGUCAAAGGCGAUCAUGCAAAGAGGAGGAGAAUGAUCGGUGAUCGAUAUGCCAACAGCAAUGUGAUGAAAGCUGCCCCUCUGGCUGGGAUCAAGGAACGAUCGACCAAGUUCCUCCAGCGUUGCCUCGAGUCUCCUGACAGAACGGCAGAUGUUUUUAGAGCACUGCACGCAUAUGCGUGUGAUUGUGUUACACAUCAACUGUUCCACCCUUAUGGAAGCAAUUGCCUGCAGAACAAGGUUCACGAAGAAAUGAUGCAUCAAGUUGCUGCUGACGAUAGCUUGCAGAAUCGACUGGUCCAAUACUACAGCCCGGUUCUUCACAGCUUUGGAUCGAAAAUUCUUGCCAGCUUUGCUAAGCCUCGGUCCAUUCCCCUGGCCGACAACUUUGUCAUUGAAAACGCCAAAGAGAACGGAGCAGCAGGCUUCACCGUCUUAAACCGGCUCAAGGAGAAAGACAGCGUGCUGGAUACCAUGGAUAUGGCUGCCGAGUGUCUUGACCAUAUGGCGGCAGGUAUUGACACGACUGGUGACGUGCUGUGCUUCUUGAUGUGGGAACUCUCCCAGCCUCGAUCGAUCAAGUACCAACGCCUCUUACGAGACGAGUUUCUGACUAGAGCUGAUGCUUCUUUGGACGAUCUGCCCAUGCUUGAUGCCGUACUCAACGAAGGACUGCGAUGCUUCCCUGCUAUUCCAAUGUCGUUACCAAGAUAUGUUCCCCAAGGCGGUCGCAGUAUCGAUGGCUUCUUUUUGCCUGAGAGAACCGUGGUUAGUUGUCAGGCCAUGUCGGUCCACCGAAUCAACCAUCUUGUGUUUCCCGAACCUGAUAAGUUUUGCCCGGAAAGAUGGCUGGAAACUGAAGGAGAUGCCGACCGACGACGACACCAGUGGGCUUUCUCAAGUGGAGGUCGGGGAUGUAUUGGAAAGCACCUUGCUAUGGCCGAGAUGAAGACGUUGCUGCGGGAUGUAUACUCAAGAUACGAGACCAAACCACAUGAGUCAAUGAAGAUGGGCGUAGAUUGUGAAGAGGUCUAG